AGCGUGAGAUCCGAAACACCAUCAAUUGUCCUACCGUCGCUGCUCCGAUACGUUGACAACAUCCUCAUGCGUAACAAAUACCGUCAUGAUCAUCCGCCUCCCGCGAGUCAGACAUGCGUAAGCUGCAAUGUACAAUGGGACAACGCCAGCACUUUGUCCACUUUCCUGCCGCUAUCACCAUGCAACCACUGGGUGCACUACCGGUGCCUCAUCUCGCUUGCUACGCGCAACAAUUCGUUAAGAGACAAGUGCCCUAUGUGCAAGACACAGCUUUUCGAAUGGGAUGGCAUCAACGCGCUCACACUCGCUACGCGCACGAGCAUGCCGAUGGACAACGAACAAACCACCAUUGUACACCCUGGUACCGGGUACCGUUCCUCAGUCACAUCUGACAGGAUAGAGUACGAGCAAGAAUCCUUGUUCAUCGAUGACUUGAUCAAUCAGCACUUUCUGAGCCAGUUGACGCGGUUAAACACCUUGUCUGACGGUUCCCCAGACUUGGUGCAGUGUUUUAAUGAACUGUUUGAAGACAUCAGGCUGAUGGGUCGGCCGAAGGCAAAGUGGCUGAUGUGGAAUACGACUGACGGGUUGCUACUAUUUCGCAUUUUGGUUUCUGUCAAAAUGCAUAGAUUCUUGAUGGACGGUUAUGCGAGUAUCAUGGAGACAGAGGCUUGGGUUGCCUGGGAAGAAGGAUGCAGGUUGCUGCAGAAGAGCCUGUUAGAGAGCGUGCACUCGAUGCAAGAUCGUGGCGUCUGA